CAGCAUCCGGGUCGGCUGCUGCACCACCGCCCAACCCGAAGCCCGAGGCAUCCAAACCGCCGCCAAACCCAAAGCCAGGUGCGUCCUCGCGGGUGGCGGCGGCAAAGCGGGAAACGUGGGGGAACAAUGCAGCUAGGAAGACAUCGUCGUACCACCAGAUGGCUGCGCAGAGCUCGAGCCGCAGCAGCGGUUUUCGUUCGCAAGCACGCAGACCAACUACUAUAGUAGCCAAGUCCAAGGUUGGGAGCUACAUUCCGCCUGCACGAACGAGUAUGCGCUCGUUUUCGAUGGGUACGGCGUUGCGACCGGGAGCGAGCUCCGCCGCUACCGCCAUGGCUGCCGAGCCGGCGAUGGCCAAUGGCCUGACAGUAAGCGAGGCUGCGGAAAAGGAGCCGAGCAGCGGGCCGAUGGGCCUCUCGCUCGCCAAGCAGUAUGACCACUUUGUUGAGAGCUGGGGACCUGUUGCUGUGGCCAAGUGGGAGGCCAUGGCCGGAAAGGAGCGCAACCGGCAAAUCUCCAUCUACGAGCUUGUGCGGACCGAGCUCGGGUACGUGCGCGACCUGCAGGCCAUCAUUGACGGCGGCUACAAUCCGCUGUCACUGGGCGAGCUGAUGAGUGACGACGAGCUCUCUGCAGUCUUUUCCAACGUCACCGUGCUCUACGUCAUGCAUGCUAAGUUUGCCUCGUCACUGGAGACCGAGGUGUACAAGGCCUCUCCGUUUGCAUCUGGCGUCGGAGCGCUGCUCGCUGACUUUGCGCCCAACAUCCUGGUGUACUCUAUCUAUGCCAACGACUACCCGUCGGGAUCGGCGCUGUUCGCGUCGGUUGUCGCAGAGCGGCCGGGUGUGCGCGAGGCAUUGAGUGGUGACGGUGACAGCGAUGGGGCUCGCAGCCUUCAGUCGCAACUUGUCAAGCCGAUCCAGCGGAUGUGCAAGUACCCGCUGCUCAUCCGCGAAAUCCGCAAGGCGUCGCGCAGCGCUGAGCUCGCCGACGAGGCAGCGCUGCUGGACACAGCGUACGAGGCAUUUUCGGAGCAGCUGGACCGAGUCAACGCCCACAAGCUCGCGGCCGAGAGGCAGGAGCUGGCAGUGGCACUGGUGGGUCGAAUGACGGCAUCAGCGGUGGCGUCGCUCGAGCUGGAACGCCGGCUCGCCGAAAAGCGGUACGUCCAUCAUGGAGUGCUGGACAAGAUCACGUCUGUGGCCAAGGGCAGCUACCAGACCCGAAUGUACGUCCUCUUCAACGACUUGCUCAUCUGGUUCAAGGCCAAAGGCAAGGGCGAGCUCGACGACGCGUCGACAAGGCUCGAAUUUUGCAAGUCGGCGCCGACCCGCAACGUCCUUGUUAACGACGUGCCUGAUCGGACCGACGCCCACGCCGAGAUGGAGCACAUGUUCUCGGUUGCUGUCAACGGCAAGGACUACAUCCUUCGCGCGCCAAACGCCGAAACCAAGUUCACCUGGCUCCAGCACCUGUUUGAAGCCGCCUCGGUCCAGGAGGCAUCGCAGAAGAAGCGCUCAUUUGCCAAUCGCAAGGAUGAGUGGAAGGUCCGCGAUCGCGAGCGCGUCCGCACCGGCGUUUCAGCCGCCGCUAUCAUCGAGCUUGAGCGCGGCUUGGAAGGGGCGACUGAGAGUCAGGCCGGCACAUCGAAGAAAUAG